AUGUGGGGCUUCCACGACCGUGUCCUAGCCCUGAGGAGGGCAGUCAACUGCAUGAUGACCACAAGUAACCACCACAUCAAAUCAUUUCGUCGACGCUGGCAACAUCAACAGGCCACAAUACUGCAUUCGUCAUGCGGAUUGAUCCUGGACGACGAGGAAUGGGAUAAAGAAUGGGAGUUCUUGGUGAGGGUUAGCUCUCUGACUCCAAGAUUUCUUGGGGAGGAUUGCCUGGGAGCUGGGACGGAAGCAGGAGCUCCACCUAAUCCUUCAACAUCUUCCAUCUACGAAAGCCUCGAUGAAUUCCACGUUUUUGUCUUGGCCCACGUCAUAAAAAGACCCAUUUUGGUCGUGGCAGACCCUUUUUUACACGAUUGCGAGGGCAUGGCACUGUCACCUGUACCGUUUCGGGGUGUCUAUCUACCCCUGGAAAGAAGCCCUGAAGAUUGCUGCCCAUCUCUACUUCUAUUGGCAUACAAUUUGGGGCAUUUUUGUGCUCUUGUUCCCACUGAAAGCAAACUGCUUUCUGAGAAUUUUGAGUGUUGGUGUUUUUGUUUUGCUUGUAUGUAUGUCUGUGUUAUUGUAAGUACGUUCAUAUAUCUGUCUGGGCUUUAG